CUAACGGUUGCCACUGAUCUCUAUAUAUACGUGACAGCCAUCCCCGACAGUUGCAGGACAGUGCAUUCACACCCACACAAACCAAACCACCACAAACAAUCCUACAGUAUACGAAUUUCCGAUCCCAGCACCACCAACACAAAUGUUUAAUUCACUCCUCUCCGGUACCGCUACACCCAACUCCGGUCGCGCAUCCCCUCUCGCCAGUGAAAUGACCAACGAACAUGAUCAAGUGGCUGUUGCCCGACCCGCGCCCCGCCGACGUCGCAUUGUGGUGGCCAUGACGGGCGCCACGGGCGCCUUGCUCGGAAUCAAAGUCCUGAUCGCGCUGCGUCGUUUAAACGUGGAGACCCAUCUGGUGCUAAGCAAAUGGGCGGAGGCCACGAUCAAGUACGAGACCGACUACCAUCCUUCCAACGUGCGGGCGCUGGCCGACCACGUGCACAACAUCAACGACAUGGCUGCCCCGGUGUCGAGCGGCUCCUUCCGUGCCGACGGGAUGAUUGUGGUACCUUGCAGCAUGAAAACCCUGGCGGCUAUCCAUUCCGGCUUUUGCGACGAUCUGAUCUCCCGGACGGCGGAUGUGAUGCUCAAGGAGCGCCGGCGGUUGGUCCUGGUGGCGCGCGAGACGCCCUUGAGCGAGAUUCACCUUCGAAACAUGCUGGAGGUUACACGCGCUGGCGCCGUCAUCUUUCCGCCCGUGCCAGCAUUCUACAUCAAGGCCGCGGGGAUCGAAGAGCUCAUCGAUCAGAGCGUCGGGCGCAUGUUGGAUUUAUUUGAUCUCGACACGGGGGAUUUUGAACGAUGGAAUGGAUGGGAAAAAUAAAUGGGAUGGUAGGAGACUGAUUUUGGGCGGGGAAGCAUGUAAAAUUAAGGGGCGUUGACCUGAUUUUGGGACUGGAGUUAUUCUUAGCCUGGCUGUACCAUCAAUCAUCAAUCAUAAUAAUGUUUUGGACUAUAAUUUGGGCGUGG